UAUAUUUCUUACUAUAUCCUGUUAAAAUGGUUUUGCAGCUUUAUUCGAUCAGGUUAUUUAAAUUGUAACAUUUUCAGACUUUGUUUCCAUAAAGGACCACGCCUCUUCCUCUUCCUGCUCAUCUUCCACGCCUGUCUCCUCAGCUCCACCUACUCCUCGUCGGACUCUGAGAAGGAGCAGCAGGUCGCCUCCUUCCUUCGGGCGAGGGUCAUGUCGAGACGCAGCCUGCGGCUCGAUGAAGGCCUGCUGGACCGCAGUCUUCCUCGUGGCAGCGCUUCCUUUAGUGCGGGAGGAGGCGACUGGAGGAGCGGCAGGUCGGUGUGGACGUCUGCUGAAGGUGGAGCAGCUGACACUUAUCAGCCCGAGCAGAGACUGAUUGCUCUGAGGCACCUGGGCAGGCGCUGCUCGUUGACUCGUUGUGGUUUGGCUCUUCCAGAUGUGCUGCAGCUGUGGCUCGACUCGUGUUGGCUGCGUGUCAGGAGAGCCGCCGCCUGCUGCGCGUCUGCGCUGACGCACACCUGGCAGGUGUGUCGGGGGUUAAAGGUCAACAUACAGUCUGAUAAUGGACACAGAGGUACUGACCGUUUACACCUGUGCACCUUUCUUCUUCACACACUGGUUCACCUGACGCCUCCUCGCCAAACAUCCCUGACUGCUCAGAGCGUGCUCUGGACCUGCAGCCGCUGUGCUUCUUUCCAAAUAAGCAAAUGGGCUGCACCUCUUCACUUUGGCUGUUUCCCUGGCAAAAUGCAAAUCUGCCCUCCGGCCGCUCGCAGCGAACAUUCAGGCCUCGGCUCGGAGGUCGACGGUGGUGAUCCGCUGCGCUCGGUGAGUCCUGACUCUGUUUCCUCUGUUUCAGUUCGACCCGGUGGAGCCACGAGCCUGACGGAGGCCAGCCAGAGGGAGCAGCAGCCCGACGCAUCUCUGUGUCGGACGGCAGGCGACGCCUUCAGGUGGCUCCACACACGGUGGUGUCACAUGACCACAAACACACCGCUGAGUUGGUUUCCUGUCCUCCUGGUGCUUCUUUCUCUGCUGUUUCUCCUGUUCGGUCUGCGCUGGUUUGGUCCAGCUGUUUUACAAUUGCUGCUUCCAGCUGUUAACAUCACAGAGUUGAGGCCAGCGGUCUCCAACGUCCCCGCUCUGUCCUCGGACAGCUUCCUGUCCUCUGAGAGCCAAUCAGGAGAGGGCGACGUAGAUGAGUCAAAGGAGGCGGGGCUGCUUCACAGCAAACCUCCACCAGCGGAAACGGCAGCAGGAGAGGAGGUACGACCUCGGCACCGUCGCCAGAGGCUUUCAGAGGUUCAGUGGAGACGUGAAGCUGCUGGAUCUCUCCUCUCACCCUCGCCGACCACGCUUCCUGCUGCUGUCAGUGUUGACCGGCAGUCCCAUGAUGCUUUGCUAGCGGAGGUGGUUCGGUUGGAGGCGGCUCUGGGGGAUGUCAGGCGGGACGUCGAGCUUCUGUCCAGAUGUCAGGACGGCUGCCAACAGCUCGCCACAAUCCAGCAGGCGAUUUUGGGGCAGGUCUCUGCUCAGGUGCGAGAGGAAGUUCGGGCGCUGCUCUUCAGCAACCAGCUGACAGCGGGCGGCGCCGCCCUCCCAGAGUCGCUCCUCCAGUGGCUCUCUGAGCGCUGUGUGAGCGAGACGGACCUGCAGGCGGCGCUGGCCUCUCUGGAGCUCAGCAUCCUACAGAACGUCAGCCUGCAGCUGGAGCAGCGGCGCGGCGAGGACACGGUCGGAGAGCCUGUCCUGCAUGCUGCCGAGGGCGUCGGGGCCACGGUCACCCAGGAGGAUGUCCGUGCGGCGGUGACGAACGCUCUGCGGCUGUUUUCUGAGGAUCGAACCGGCCUGGCGGACUACGCUCUGGAGUCUGGAGGGGGCAGCAUCCUGAGCACUCGCUGCUCGGAGACGUACGAGACGAAGGCGGCGCUGCUCAGCCUGUUCGGAGUCCCGCUCUGGUAUUUCUCUCAGUCUCCCCGAGCGGUGAUCCAGCCCGACGUCCACCCGGGGAACUGCUGGGCCUUCAGAGGCGCCACGGGCUUCCUGGUGAUCCGGCUCUCCAUGAGGGUCCUGCCCUCGGCCUUCACCCUCGAGCACAUCCCCAAAGCCCUGGCCCCGAGCGGGACGCUGCACAGCGCCCCCCGAGACUUCGCCGUCUACGGUCUGGCUAACGAGAGCCGGGAGCGAGGCAAGCUGCUCGGCACCUACACCUACGACCAGGACGGAGACGCUCUCCAGACAUUUGCUGUUUCAGUGAGUCGUGGGGCGGGGCUUGUGCUUUUGUCUGUCACAGUCGUUUAGACUCAGUCCAGCUGCAGAAGCCUGUCAGAACCGCAAGAACGAGACAGCGAGGCGGUCACAUGACUGCAAAAUAUGACCUCACAGAUCUAAAUCUGGAAAAACCACCAAACGAAUG